AAAUUUGUUUUGACAUUUAUAUUAACGAUUAAAUAUUUGCCUGAAAAUAUUAAAAGCAAACGAAUAUUUUUCAUUAUUAAAAGAUAAUUAAAUAAUAAUUAAGUCUAAAGCAGUAGACAAGGGAUAUAUGUACACAUUUUACUAAACAUAAGUUGUGUUCAAAAUUUGUACACAGAUUUAUCACAAAAAGUCAAAUUGUAAUCAUGGCAACAAGUGUUUGUAAUUACACCUGUGGUGGCGGCAAAGAACAAAUCUAUGAUUUUCCUAAACUUACAGCAAUUAUAAGCAAACUACAUCAUGAAUUCGAAAAUUAUAAGUACACGGUUUAUCGUUGUGCAGCAAAAUUUGUGGCGUUGCAAAAAAUAUUUUUUACUAGCAAUAUUCCAUAUAAAUUGGUAUUGGCUGUUAUGGAACGUCAUGGUAUACGAGAUGGUGAUGUCAACUUAAUGGUUCCUCCCUUUCAAUUAACUUCACUUAUACAUGAUGUAUAUUAUGCUUGCGAAAAAUUGGGUCACUUUACAAAAUUGCCUUUAUAUAGCUUGGAAUCUGCAACGGCAAUUCUCUCCAAUUUCUUUUGGAAUAUCUAUGAUCCACAUCGUCGUCAUUCGAUAUCAUUGUUGGAAAUCAAAAUUACUUUUCUAUUGCUUUGUAAGUUAUAUGCUUCCGAUCAGAUGAUACCUGAAUUCUAUAAUUUACUACAUCACAAGAAGACAAAGUCUGUGCCCAAAUUAAAUUUUGAAUAUUUAUUGAUUAUAUUGUCCAAAAUAUUUUCAUAUAUCGGCGAAGGAACAGCCUAUGGAGCACAAAAUAUUACUUUAGUUAUGGAUCAGUGUUAUGCCAGGUGUCACAAUACAUCUGGACUUACCGAUUAUCAAUUUCAUUCUCUUUGGACAACAACACAGACGCGUUUUCUAAUUUAUGCCAAUUUAAUGGCAUUAAUUAAACGUAUCGAGGAUACUGAAAAACUUAUACAUUUAAAUGUUUGUGCGUCAUGUAAUGUGGACAAAAUAACUGGUAUAAGAUUCAAAUGCCAAUCCUGCAAAGAUUUAUCGUUAUGUUUGAAAUGUUUUGCCACCGGUUAUAGCACUAAUAAACAUGUUGUGGGUCAUAAGAUGUAUGAAGUUUUUACCGAGGAUUUGCCAACGAAAAAGUUUUCACAUUACUUUGCCAAACUAUGUACGGUAUUUUUCUGUAAUUCUGAAAAGUCAAAUGAAGAAGAAUCUAAAGGUUUUUGUAAUAUCAAUGAUACGGUGGUUCAUAAUGAUACUGAAUUAGUAACAAUUGCCACCAAUCGUACUUCAAAUGCCUCUACAGUUAGUGUUAAAGCAGCAGCAGCCACAGCAGUGGCUAAUUUAAAUCAUUCUCAGUCGCCGAAUAAAAAGAUUCAAAGCUCAAAUAUACAAAAAAUCGAUUCUUCACUUUCAUGCUUGACUACAACAGCUUCGACAGCGUUGAAUGUUUCGGGAAAAUUGCAAAUAAUUAUAGACAAACUAUUGCAUCAGAAUGAAAAAUUGGAACUUCAGUUAAAGUGUGUACAAACUUCUACUCAAGACGAACUCUCGAGAUUCCUGAGCGAUCAUCAGCAAUUUUUAAUGGAUAUUAUAACAGAAAUGCGCAACUUUUCGCAGCAUACCUCCACUACUGAAGCUAUUAGCUCAUUUCCAACAUCUAGUACACCAAAUCGUUCAAAUUUUGCUAAAACAUCCACAGAUUUAGACAACUUUAGUGCGGUUCUUAAUCCACAAACUAAUACUAUUGCUAUUAACCAUAUUCGUCUGUUAAACACACCCAAAGACAAUUUAACACAUUCAAUAAAUGGUGCCGAUAUAAAUCGUAGUUAUUUGGAUGCCAACAAAUCAGAUUACUCAAUAAACGACUUGAGUUUGUGGUUUAAUCAAAAACGUUCAUCGUCAUCAAUGCCACCAUCCCUAACAUCACAUCCCCAAACUUUAGGUGUACUUACUGAAGUUUCCUCUCAGGAUGAACUUAAUUUUCAUGAUAAAGUCGAUGAUGUCGUCUUAACAAUGCAUACACGUGAGACUGAAAUGACAAAUUUCAAACUUUUAUUGCAUAAAGUUAAAGAGAUAGUGGAAGACUCAUACAGUGACAAUACGGAAUUAUCCGAAGCUACACAAAAUUUGGAAAAUGUUUUAGAUUCUAUUAUAAAAACAGAAGAAGGCAGAAGAAAGAGCCUUAAUUGAUUAUUUCUACGCUCGCUGUUAUAAUUUGUUUGCAAUUCUUUUUUAAUUAGCUUUAACAUAAAAAAUAAUGUGUUUUUUAUGGAAAUUUUUAUCAUUCCAGAGUAUUUUUUAUAUUGAUAUACAAAAAAAGUUAUAAAGUCUG